AUGACAGAGUCACAAGCUUGGGUGUUUUCCCAGCGUGGCCUUCCCUGGGACGUUCUGAAUCUCACAACUCGCCCGAUCCCGACCCUACCACCACCUCUCCCACUUCCCAGCGACGUUCCGAAGCCAGAAGAAUGGAUUCUCGUCAAGGUCGCAUUUGUUGGUCUCAACCCCGGCGCGAUCUUCCAAAUGACUCUCGUCCCGCCUUUUAUCCGACAAGCUUCCUGUGUGCCCGAGAUGGACUUUUCCGGUACCGUGAUCGAUGUUUGGCAUCCUGAUGAAAACGCGGGAGAGGCAAGCAAGCGGUUCAAGAAAGGUGACAAGAUCCUCGCCAUGCUACCGGCUAGUCACACCCUUCCCACAGGCACUGGUGCUCUGGCUCAGCACGUCCGUAUUCCGGCUAGAUACGCCGUCCACAAGCCCGAGCAUGUGAGCUUUGGCGACGGAGCAGGAUGUUUGCUACCUGGCUUGACAGCGCGACAGCUGGUGAAUGAGUCUGGUGCCAAGGCUGGAGACAGAGUGUUGGUGAACGCGGCCAGUGGAGGAAUCGGAACGAAUGUCGUGCAAAUGCUUCGAAAGGUUGUUGGAAAGGAGGGAUGCAUCGUGGGUAUCUGUAGUGGAAAGAAUGCUGAGAUGGUCAAGAGUAUUGGAGCCGAUGAGGUCAUCGACUACACUCAACACAACGAUCUUCCUGGACAUCUCACGACUCGCUUUUCCUCCAACCCCUUCAACGCCAUCAUCGACACCCUCGGUCACCAGUCACUAUACCUUGCAUCUCCCGCCUACCUCGUUCCCGAAGGAAACUACUCUUCCGUCGGCAUCAAACCGCCAACCUUCUUCGUCCCCGACUUUCUCCGCGCAGUACUCCAAAUGAAGCUCAACGAAUGGUGGCCAGUCUCGCGAUGGCUCGGCGGAGUCGGACGACGAUGGUUGGGCACAUCGAUGAUGAGCCCUACCCUUGAGGAUCGUCAGGCCGCUGUCGACAUGCUUGGGCGAGGCGACAUUCGACUGGUGAGGGAUAGUGUGUGGUCGUUCGCAGAGACAAAGGAGGCGUAUAUGAAGCUUGGUGGACUUCAUGCCAGAGGUAAGGUGUUGGUCAAGGUGGACGAGCAAAUUGGAGAUGAUGAGUGUUGA